CAGAGACUGAGAACGGAGCUUGAGACAUUCUUGAUCAAAGACACCAAACAGCAACAGAAAUGGCAUUUGGAGAUGUGAGGAUUGUGUUACUAGGUAAAACUGGAUCAGGAAAGAGUGCAACAGGAAACACUAUGGGCAGAGAUGUGUUUAAAGAGUCUAGUAGCUCUAUGUCUAGUGCUAAAAAGAAUGACAUAAAUGAAGCAAAAGUUGAGGACAAAUUCAUCACAGUGAUCAACACUCCAGGACUGUUUGAUACAAUAAGAAAAGAGCAGUCAAUGUCUUACUUUGACAUGUACCAGAAAGCUCUGGGAAAACAUCUUCUAGAGACAGUGAAAAAAAUACGGGAGAAACUUUCACAAUCACUGGAUUCAUGUUUUGAGGCAUUUCCCCAAAUCACAAAUACUGAACUGAUGGAGAAUGGAGCAGAGCAUCACACCAUUGAGGCUACGAUAAAACAGGAUGUUGAAAUGUUGAAAAUUCAGAAAGAAAUAGACAUGAGAGAGAUUUUUAAACAACAGGAUAUUGGAAAGCCUUCACAACCAGAACGCAGAGGAAGCAUGAAUACCCCUCCUAGUACAUGUGAGGAUUGUGUUACUAGGUAAAACUGGAUCAGGAAAGAGUGCAAUUGGAAACACUACUGGGGAGAGAGGAGUUUAAAGCGUCACGAAACCCCCCUGCUUUUGAUAAUGUUUUUUUUUAUAAUGAUUCCAUGAUAUCAGUAGAUCAUGUCAAGGAAAAAAGCAGAUGUGGGUGGAAGGAGAAUCUCAGUCAUUGAUACUCCUGGAAUUUUUUAGACAUCUGAAGAGAAGCUGAAAUUUGAAUUAAUGCACACUGUAAAAAAUAAAUGUAUUUUUACAGAGAAAAAACAGUAUAAUUUAACAGUAACAUCUAAUUUUAAUCAGAACUGUGAAAUUCUAUAAAAAAGCAUACAUUGAUACCUAAUGUACAUUUCUCCUGUUCUUUAACUGAUUAAAUGUGUUACUGGAGAAA